GCACUUCCGGCAGCUUUCAGCACCUCGGAUAUGACGUAGCAACUGCUCAGACUAAUCGGAAGUUACAGCUUCGUGAGAGUCAAUCACACCUGAAAUAAAUUAAACUUCUGAAAGUUUGCUCUGUUUCGCUAAAAUGGCUUAUCCAGGCUACGGCGGGUAUGGGGGUCCAAUGCCAGGCAUGCCAGCUCAGGGGAUGCCGCCCCAAGGAAUGCAAGGAGGGCCCAUGGGAGGCCCCAUGUCUGGACCCAUGGGUGGGCCGAUGGGAGGCGCACCACACCAGGGAGGAUACGCCCCCUAUGGAGGAGGCUAUCCAGGCACAUAUGGCGCCCCACCCCCAGCUGCCAAUGAUCCGAUGUGGGGUUACUUUACAGCCAUAGCAGGCCAGGACGGUGAGGUCGAUGCUGAGGAGCUCCAGAGGUGUCUGACCCAGUCUGGUUUCACUGGCGGCUACUCUCCUUUCAGCCUGGAGACGUGCAGGAUCAUGAUCGCAAUGCUCGAUAGGGACUAUACAGGCAAGAUGGGUUUCAAUGAGUUCAAGGAGCUGUUCACAGCUCUGAACGGCUGGAAGCAGAACUUCAUGAUGUUCGACCAGGACAGGAGUGGAACUGUUGAACCUCACGAGAUGUCUCAGGCAAUCAGCGCCAUGGGCUACCGCGUCAGUCCUCAGGCCCUGAAUACCAUCAUCAAGCGCUACAACAAAGGUGGAAGAAUCUUCUUUGAUGACUACGUGGCCUGCUGUGUCAAGCUGCGAGCUCUCACAGACAACUUCAGAAGGAGGGACACCAUGCAGCAGGGGUCUGUGAACUUCCAGUAUGAUGACAUCGAGUCAAGCCAGUUUUAUAUGGAUGGGCUGAGAGGAUGACCUUCGCAGGAAAAAACGAAAGCCCAAGCUUAAGGGACAUCAACUCUGCUAAAAACACCGCCCAUGCAAGAAGGUAGAGGUUAAAACUCGAAAAGCUCUCUGCAGAAGAGCAGCCAAAGUUCGAUGAUACCACAACUGGUGGAUUCUGGUGACAAAAACGGUCACACACUGUACUCACUUUAUAUUUUUAACCAAUUAGAUUGUUUAACCCCUAAUGUAUACAAAAGAACUUUUCCCAGCCAUUCUGUCCCAGUAAGAACUGAUGUAGAAAUCAUUAAAGUCCCCAAACUGCCUGGACGUAAAUGUCCUUCGCGUGCUAGUCGAGACUGCAGCCGUGCUGAGGGAUUAUUGAUAUGAUGCAGGCGGUUAAAUGGUAGUUCUACAUUUUCAGUUUUACAAGCAUUCAUUUUGUUGUCUUGAACAUUUACAACAUCCUGAAGUUUGAGCUGUUAAAUUUACAUAUAGAUCUUAACAUAGCAAAUAAAUUAACAUAGAAUGCCGUUGAAAGAUGCUUUUUAUUUCUGUAUUUAUUCACUUGGCUGUAUAAAAUUCUCUCCAGAGAGUCUUAAACUCCACACCAAGAGUCUGCUUGUUUCUUCAUUAUUGCUCUCAAAGACUGACGACAGUAUUGUUGUGCUAUGGGAUGUCUAUGCAGCCUCCGCACGCUUUAUUGUUAACGCUGUUCUGGAUUUGGAGCUGAAUGAGAAUCUGUGGCAAUGUUGUGUACAGUAGGCACGCUAAAUAUACAGACAGACCUCGUUGUGAGUUUGUUGUCACUCGUUUGGAGCUGCUGAUAGAAGAUGAAAGCUGCGGAGUGGAAUACAGAAAUGCCUCAGAGGGAGUUUCAAGUAGCUCGUGUUCCCGCGGAGAGGGAGGAGUCAUAGAAAAUGAGACUUGAUAGCUACAGUAGUCUGUAAGCAUGCCAAGAUCACACCUGAUUGCCGAGUGAGCUGCAGUGUGUGUGAGGAACAUGCACCAGAAAAAGAAACCAUGAGAAACCAAAAAAACAUGCAUAUCUCUUUUUAGGAAAAGCACAUCAGGUGCCUCGUGUUGCUGGCAGUGUUCUAUUUGAAGUAUGUACACAGUAGAUGAUGACUUUACAUAUGUUAAUAAUAUAGUGUAUAAAUACCUCUGUAUAAAUGGACUUUAUACAUCGAAAUCAGAUAGCUUGAAGGGCGGGGGAAAUUUUUCCGAAAAGGAAUGGAAGAAAGUCUACAGUUUGUUUUCCUUUGCAUAUUCAGUCUCUUUCUUAGACCCUGAGUCGAGCUUGAGAGAAGACCUUCAGUCAAUGUCGAAGCGUGCGGGGAGGCCUACUUUCCUGGAAGCCCCGGGUCAGAAACUGGCCUGUGGAGUCCCAACGUUCCUGAGCUGCUGGGGACGUCAGGUAGAGAGGCUUGUCGGCCUGAGGGGAACCUCGGUGGCUGUUGGUGUUGUUGCUCUACAGAGUCCACGCUGUUGUGUGUGAGUCUCUGCUCUGUGUGUGCGUCGCUCUCCAGCAGUCCUGCAAAGUUCUCGUCUGGAGGAGUCUCUGUGUGAAGGAGGACCGGGGAGGUUUCUUUGGAUUUGUUCUGGGCUUUUUCUAGGCCAGGGCUCUGAGGGAAGACAGUAGGCGUCAUUAAUGAUUUGGCAGAGAAACUACAGACAUUGAAAUGGUGUGUUGAGACAAAACCAGCCGACUGAGUCCAGACUGCUGGACGCUGUUGACGUAGUCUUUACAUGAUAGAAACAGAAAACAUUUACAGUAUUUUACAAUGGCUCAGGGUUUUAAUACUCAUUACAAAAUCAAUACAACAUGCUCCUACAAUCGUGAGCAUCUUCCAGAGUAUAUGUAGUUGCCCUUUUUUGCUUCUCUGGACAAUGUUUCUGAGCAGUGGUGGAGGGACGUCAAGACAACAAAGAGAUUAUGUUAGGAGAAAAAGCUAAGUUUUGUCCAAUCGAUUUGUGUAACUGCUGAAGCUUGACGGUAUCUUCAGAGGCGUAAUCACGCUAAGAAGGGAUCUCUUCAUGGUCAGUAUUAACAGGAGGAACACUGAAAGCAGCACGCAAAACUUAAC